AUGGCUCAAGAUCCCCGAGUUCUGCUUCAGAAGGCAGACAAAGCGCUGCAAGGCGCCUCAAGCGGAUUAAGCUUCUUUGGCGGACGAACGGAAAAGUACGAGAACGCUGCGGAUUUGUAUACGCAGGCCGCAAAUGCUUUCAGAGUGCAGAAGCUGAACAAAGAAGCUGGGCUGGCAUUCGAAAAGGCCGCCGCAAUCCAGAAGCAGAACCUCAAUGAGCCAGACGACGCAGCAAACACGUUGCAAGAGGCCUUCAAGGUGUACCGCAAAUCCGACCCCGAGGACGCCGCUCGCGUGCUCUCCGCGGCGAUCCAGCACUACGUAUUAAAGGGAAAUCUGCGCCGGGCCGCCACACAGCAGCAGCAUUUGGCGGAGGUGUACGAGGUUGAACUAGGCGAUAUGAAGAAGGCGCUGGAAGCCUAUGAGAAAGCGGCGGAGUGGUUUGACGGUGACAAUGCGGAAGCGCUCGCGAACAAGCACUACUUGAAAGUUGCAGAUCUGGCCGCUCUCGAGGGAGACUACUACAAGGCCAUUGAGAACUACGAGAGGAUCGGCCGGUCGUCCAUCACCAAUAAUCUCAUGAAGUGGUCGGUCAAGGACUACUUCCUGAAGGCGGGUAUCUGCCACCUGGCAAGCAAGGAUAUUGUCGCUGCGAACCGCGCCCUCGAGAGUUACCGCGACACCGAUCAUACAUUUGCCUCGACGCGAGAGCACCAGCUGCUCGUUGAUCUGGUGCAGGCUAUCGAGGCCGGUGACCAGGAAGCCUUCUCCGACAAGCUGUUCCAGUAUGACCAGCUCAGCAAGCUGGACAAGUGGAAGACUACUCUCUUGCUGCGCAUUAAGAGCAACAUCGAAGAGGCGGAGGAAGAUUUCUCUUAA